AUGGCCAGAACUCUUGAGAGGAUGCAAGUGGAGAACCAGCUGCUCCGGCACGUGGUGAGCAGCGGCUCUGUGACAGCUGCACCCUGCAUCCCUGACGCCCCCAGCCAGCACUUCCAGUGGCUGUCCCGGGGCCAGCUGUUGAAUGUGGCCAGCCAGCAGUGUGUAGCUGUGCCAAAGCAGCUUAGUCGAGUGGCUGUGCGCCUGGAGCCCUGUGAAGCCCACAAGGAGCUGCAGCACUGGGAGUGCCGGGCCAACGGGUUGCUGGCGCUCGCCAGGGAGAAUCUCUAUUUCAAUUAUGGCAACAGCCCAAACCAUGUGGUGAUGCUGUACACAGGGGAUGGGCCCUGGAGCCGUUGGGUCGUGUACGGUAGCCGUGAGGACCUCUGCUCCCGCUUCUGUCAUGUCUGUGCCCCAUGUCGCAUGGGCUGGACUUUGUUCCAGGAUAGAUGCUACUUCCAGUCCCGCUCCUUGGGCACCUGGGAUGCUGCCAACCGUUCCUGUGCCUCUCUAGGUGCCAUGCUCCUCCAGGUGACCAGCCAUGCUGAGCAGGCUCACAUUGUGUCCUACAUGAAAGUACCAGCCUCCUGGAUGGGUCUCACAGACCAGGCACUUGAGGGGGCUUGGAUGUGGGUGGACGGGACUCACCCAGCCACCAAUGCCAGCUAUUGGCAGACAGGGGAACCCAGUGGCGGAAGCAAGGAGAACUGUGCAUUGACACUGCAGGACGGGCAGUGGUAUGAUGCCCCAUGCACAGAGGAGCACCAUUGGGUGUGUGAGGUGGAACCCUGAGCCUGCUUGGACAAGCAACCUGGCCUGGCCUUGAUCCUCCCUCUGCCCUGCCUCUGCCCCCUCACUGUGAGCCACACAGCUCUGGAUGCCAACUGGCAGAGGACAUGGUGGUACUUGGGAUUCCCGGCUCCUAUGGUUUCACAAAAGGCAGUCAUGUGAUGUCUAUAAUGAAAGCUUUUGUCACACUUAAUCAGUGCAAGCUACAUGAUAUUUAAGGAAUUGUAUAGCUAAACAAAUAUUAUGGUAUUGUCAGCUUCUAGAGGUAUUGGACACCAAACAGGAAAAAGCAGGUUUUCUUUCAGUAAACCAAGUACUGUAUUGUACAAUGCGCGGAUUCAGAAGCUGAUGCCAAUGAAUGUGAAAUAUUCAGACAGGAAACAGCAGAUGUUAUAAGAACACGAGUCCAAUCAGGCUGAGGCUUAAUCUAUACUAUCAAGGUGGAAAAACUCAUGCCAAAAGCCAAACGUUGACAAAACCUGAAUCCCCAGAGAAUAUUCCCCACUGGGAGAUGCACCAUCAUUGAUAGUAUGAACAAUGCAGCAUGCAGUGUUGUGGGAAAGCAGUGCCAUCUUGAGAUUACUGCUUACUUCUUCCACAAAAUACAGGACUAUGCAGCACUUUAAAGGCUAACAAGAUGGUUUAUUAGG